UUGCUUCUUCAACUCGUCUAUUCUCCAUCCGACAUUAAUUGCCUGCCCAAGGGCCGGUGGAGCAAUCACUCCUUCCCCUCUCUUCGCUGCCAUUACGCUCUGCCGGGAACGACUUCCGUUAGCUUUGAUUAGGCAACGAAUCUGAUGCAGACAUCCACAUGGAGCUGGUCGCCACUCCAAACGUUAGCAGGCGACAGGCUGAGCGGCAGGACAACCGCCGUGUCCACCUCCUCCUCUGUCAUAAUUCUCAUUCAAGCCACCGAUCGAGAUCGAGCGAUCCCCCUCCUGAUGCUGCACGCCUCGCUCGCGGCUCCUCCUUUAAUCGAACCCCUCGCUUGCGGAUUUCUUUGCUUCGACUCCGCUGAGGGAGAUGGUCGGGAUCUUCUCCCGGUUCGCCGCCGGAAGGACAGGCCACCGCCGGACGAAGAGCGCGACGGAAACGAGGGGAACGCAGUCGUCGGCUUCCAUGGAGACGGGAGACGAGUCCUCGACUUCGACCUGUAAAGAUAACGAUAACUCGAGAGCGGAGUUCAAACCGAUUGAGCACCCGCUCGAGCCUUCCAACCAUGAUCGACCGAUCAGAUGCCCACUGCCAGAUCCUUCAAUACUAAAUGUCCUCGAUCGAUCUGAUUCCAGGAUGUCAUGGCGGGGAAGGAGAGGACAUCGUCUUCCUCCAUUGAAGGGACGAGUGCAAGAACUAGAGCUGAUGAUGGCCCCAAUAUUCCAAAUUCUAUCAGCGAACCAGAGCGCCACCUUAUUACUGCGCCGGAAGAUCACUCUAAUCCUGCUCGUGGAUGAUGAUGAUGAUGAUGAUGAUGGCCUUGACUGCUUUGCUUCUUCCACUCCAUUCCAAUUAAGUGUGUUCUUAAUUUUCUUCUAAUAGAUCGAGAUCUCCUACAAAAGUGUUGCCGCGCGUGUAGUAAUAUUUCUAUAGUAUUAAUUGUAUAUAUUGAAUGCAAUCUUUAAUGAUUAAACUUGUGGUGCAUCGUCUCACUCGCCGCUGGAGUUCCGGAGCACGGGGGAGAUGGUGAAGAGGCGGAGCCCGAGGCGGCGGGAAGGGUCAACGGUGUAGUCGGAGGUGGAGACGCCGUGGAGAGCGAAUGAGCUGGCGGGCGUGGGAGGGUCGAACUGGUCGAGAGCGGCGGUUGAUGGUGCCGUCCGGCAGCAGGCGCGCUCGGAGAAGGAGGCGACACCG